ACAUGAAUAAGCUUACCCACUUUUUUCAGGCCGUGAUUGAUGCCCCCAUUUUUCCAAAGCACUUGUUAUACUACUUUUUCACUACUCACUUCUAACUUACACCAAGACUUUGAUCACACCCCCUACCCCUUUUUGUGAUACUCAAUUUUUCUAGAUACACUGCUUAAUCAUAUCUAAGCAGAUAUUAGUUAGAUUCAAUUCUCUUAUAGAGUGGUUAAGUGUGAGUACUAAUUGAUGGAUUUGUCUCAGAAGACCCCAUAAAACCCCCAUCAUUUUCUUGGUUUUCAACUACUUUCCCAUUAUUAAUUAAAGCCUGUUUCAUCACUCUUGAGUUUUCUUGCAUCCUUGGCCUCAUAUAUUUAAGUCUAGACAUAUCUAACACACAUAACCAGAUCAGGCUUACUAUCAUGGCAUAUGAUCAGAACAAGGCCAUGGACUGGUACUCUUGGCUGUCCAAGACUGGCCUUGAGGCUACCCUGGUUUAUGAGUAUGGUUUGUCUUUUACGCAGAAUGAGCUCGAAGAAGAAGAUAUAGAAUACUUCAACCAUGAGUUUCUCCAGAGCAUGGGGAUCUCGAUAGCCAAACACAGGCUCGAGAUUCUCAAGCUUGUCAAGAGAGAAAGAGGGCCUAGCAGGCCAAGGUCUGUGGUCAAGAUUCUCAGUGCAAUCAAGCAAACAAAGAAGUCUUUGGUUAAGUACAUUCAGACGUUGGUUCAUCGCGAUGAAUCAGCUAUUGUUCUUGUUACUAGGCGCAGUUACAGUUCGAGAUGGAAAAGUGCUAUGUUGAAGAGGAGUAGCAAGCCAAAGGUGGCGGCUAAACAGAACAGGCUAUUGCUCACUAAUGGAAGUCCUACCAGAGUGAAUAGUUUUUCUAGCCCUAUGGUUUAUGAUCUUCGUAGCGAUGAGAAGAUGGAAGAUGAGGAUGAGGAUGACGACGACGAAGAUGGAUACUAUUACAGGACUGGUGUGGAAGAGAUCAGGUGGGAUACCAUGUUUCAGAAUCUAAAGCCUACUUAAGUGAAAAUACUCACUCCCCUGUCUCAGAUUUCAAUGGUGAGAAGAUGGUUUUAGUGUUCAUCCACCAGAGUUUGUUUUUUUUUGGAUUAUUAGCUUUGGAUCUUUCAGAAAAUUUGCAUUAUCUUUUUCCUGUUGAUGUAUACUUUUGAUAUUUUCACUUGUAUUAUUGGUUGUAUUAGUAACUCGCUAAUGAGAUCGUCUCUUCGACGUCUUGUAAACCAAAUCAAACAUAUUCAGUAUAUUCCGCUUGGAACAUGAUAGUGUGAAAUGUACUCUGUAUUUUGAGAAGCAGAGAUGUGAUUUGCGUGAUUAUCGAAAGAUCAAGGAAAGUUUAGUUGUGGAU